GUGGUAAAGAAAAAGACAGACAGUUCAAUAUAUGAAUGUUUCCAGUCUGUUUCAAACAACUCCAGCCUACCCAUGUUCCCCUUCUCCUCCUUUUUUUUCUCUCAGAAAACAAAAAAAACUAAAAUAGGAGCUCUUUCCCCUAUAAUCACUAUUUUUAGAUCUGCUUACUGAUUUGGGUUUUGUUUUUUCUGAGCUGAAGCUGUUCAUUUUGAAGACAUUUUCUUGUGGGUUUUGGUUAUUUUCCCAUGUUGAGCUUCUGAGUUGCCUAUGAGAGAUUGAUGAAGUUUUGUAGCUGAGCUUGAAAAAGUGUAUAUAACUUGGGGGCUGUAUUGGGAUAGUGAGUUAUGAAAGUCAAAGGCAGAGAGAUGUUUGGGCAAUUUCUUGUUUUGAUAUUAGUUGUGUUUGUUGAAAUUGGAGAAGCUCAAACAAAGACUUUUUUGGUAAAUUGUGGGACUAAUUCCAGUGUGAAUGUAGAUGGUAGUAAAUGGAUAGGUGAUUCUGCCCAUGGCAACAAUGUCACUUUGAGUUCACCUGGUAUUGAGGCAACAACUGCUUCAUUUAAUGGUGACUCAUCCUAUGAGCCACUCUAUAAAACUGCCAGAUUUUUUGAUGAAAGUGUUAACUAUACUUUCCAAAUAUCACCUGGUAGUUAUUUCCUCAGACUUCAUUUCUAUCCCUUUUCAUUCGGGAAUCAUGAUGCGAACGGGUCGUUCUUUGCUGUUGCUGCAAAUGGUUUGAAGUUGGUUUCGGAGUUUAAUGUUGCUGCUGAGAUUUUGCACAAGAAUUUGUACCUGCAAGGUCCCGGAGGCAACUCUAGUGUUCUCUCGUCGGUGAAGGAGUAUUUUGUGACUUCCGAUAUUAAUGUCUUUGUGCUCGAGUUUAUUCCCAACAAAGGUUCUUUUGGAUUUGUUAAUGCCGUAGAGAUCAUCCCUGUGACUGAUAAGCUAUUUGUUGAUUCUAUCAGUAAAGUCGGCGGGAAUGGUGCUAACAGCUCUUUAAAUUUGAGUAAACGAGGGAUUCAGACUAUGUACAGGUUGAACGUUGGUGGUUCAGCAAUUAAAUCUACUCGUGAUUCAGGGUUGAGGAGGAUGUGGGAGGCGGAUUCAAGCUAUAUGAUCAUUGCAGAUGCAGGUGCUGAAGUCAAAAACCAUUCCAACAUUACCUAUGCUUCCCCAAACGACACCUCUAUUGCGCCUCUUCUUGUGUAUGAAACAGCAAGAAUUAUGAGCAACACAGAUGUCAUGGAGAAGCGGUUGAACAUGUCGUGGAAAUUGGAAGUGGAUCCGGAGUUUGAUUACCUAGUCCGCUUACAUUUCUGUGAGUUUGACUAUAAUAAACCGAAUCAAAGGAUCUUCAAAAUCUAUAUAAAUAACAAAACUGCUGCUGACAACUACGACAUUUUCUCACGAGCUGGGGGAAUGAACAAGGCGUACCAUGAGGAUUACUUUGAUGUGAUACCGUCGAAAAGCAGCAGCCUUUGGGUGCAACUUGGUCCUGAUACAACGACUGGUUCUGCAGGCACUGAUGCUCUUUUGAAUGGUUUGGAGGUUUUCAAGUUGAGUCGGAAUGGUAAUCUUGCCUAUGUACAGAAAUAUGAGGAUGUUCCAGAGAAAACAACUUCGAAGAAUUUAAUCCUUUGGGUAGGAAUUGGAGCAGGUAUUGCAUCCAUUGUCAUUGUUGCGGGUUUAAUCAUGCUGAUUAUACGUCUAUGUAGAAGGCGGAGAAGCAAAGACGAUACGAAGAAAAACGAAGCUGGAUGGAGGCCUUUAUUCCUUCACGGAGCUGCUGUGACCAGCACUGGUAAUGGUAACGGUAAGGGAUCAAUACAAUAUCAAAGUCUUGGGACUCUAAGAUCGGGAAGGCGGUUUACUCUAGCAGAGAUUAAAGCAGCCACAAACAACUUCGACGAGAGCUUAGUGAUUGGAGUGGGAGGAUUUGGUAAGGUUUUCAAGGCAGAGCUCGAUGAUGGCACCCUUGGUGCGAUCAAACGAGCCAAUCCUCAAUCUCAGCAAGGUCUGAAAGAAUUUGAGACAGAAAUCGAAAUGCUUUCUAAGUUAAGGCAUAGGCAUUUGGUUUCCAUGAUAGGUUUCUGUGAUGAACAGAAUGAAAUGAUUUUGGUCUAUGAGUACAUGGCCAACGGAACACUCAGGAGUCAUCUCUUUGGCAGCGAUCUGCCAUCUCUAAGUUGGAAGCAAAGACUAGAGGUGUGCAUUGGUUCAGCUCGCGGUCUGCAUUACCUUCAUACAGGGUCAGAGCGUGGAAUCAUCCAUAGGGAUGUCAAGACAACCAACAUAUUGUUAGAUGAGAAUCUUGUAGCGAAAAUGGCGGAUUUUGGGCUGUCUAAAACUGGCCCUUCUUUGGAGCAUACUCAUGUAAGUACAGCAGUGAAAGGAAGUUUUGGUUAUCUGGAUCCUGAGUAUUUCAGGCGGCAGCAGUUGACUGAGAAAUCUGAUGUUUACUCCUUUGGUGUUGUGCUGUUUGAAGUUCUCUGUGCGCGCCCUGUUAUAAAUCCAAGCUUACCAAGAGAUCAGAUUAAUCUUGCAGAGUGGGCUAUGCGGUUUCAACGACAAAGAAAGCUUGAAACCAUCGUUGACCCACAACUUGCAGGAAAUUAUUCCCCAGAAUCAUUGAUGAAAUUUGGAGAAAUUGCUGAGAAAUGUCUAGCAGACGAGGGGAAGAGCAGACCAACAAUGGGAGAAGUCCUAUGGCAUCUGGAAUAUGUGUUACAACUCCAUGAGGCUUGGCUGCGGAAGAAUGUAGGGGAAGACUCUGCUUCCGAUAUUCGUGCUCUGGAGACAGUUGAGGAGAGAGGAACUGAAAAUUCAGAAGACGAGACUCAUGUUGAUUCAAAAACUAAAGAAGAAGAGGGUGAAUCUGCAACAAGGAGCACUGGCACUACAGAUGCCAUGGCUUCUGGAAUAGAUGAUUUUUCGCAAUUAGUCAAUCAAAAUGGAAGGUGAGAUCCAAAACAGAAGAGACUUGAUUAUAGGCCUGAAUUCUUUCCAUUUUUUGUCACACACGUUUAUAAGGACUUUCAGUAUAACCUCAAUCAGCUUGGACAUGACUCAUUAAGCUGAAGGAGCUUAGAAUGUGAAGAUCUUUGGUAAUACUUUCAUGCUGUAUUCUUUUCCUCAGUUAAGAUUUUCAAUUUUUUUCCUGCUGAAUCCUUGUUGCUCAGGACUAAACAAUUCUUUUAUUAUUGUAUGUACAUUAUGUUCAAGAGAAUGCCACUAAGUUGAUGAAUUGGUAUGUAUUGUAUAAUUUACUUCUAUUUCAGUGGAGAAAUGAUAUCUUGUGUUAUGGCA